AGGUGAGUCAAAAGCCUAAUCAGGAAACAGGAAGUAGAGGAUGUCAUGACAGCCGCAGCGCAAGUCGUGGUUCAAUGGCACCAUGCCUGCUUCUGGUGAGGAUAGAGGGCUGAACAGGGGCCACAAGAUGACCCUACUGGUCCUACUGGUGACGGCCGCUGCUCUGGGCUCCGUGUUGGGCGAGCAGCUACCCACUGCGGAGAGUGAGCUGGAGACCCACGAUCCUGAGAACUCAGCCAUGGAUGCAGGUGCAGAAGAAGUCCAGUUACCGAACUCAGGUGAAGAGGCCUGGCCUGUCGAAGCCGUAGGAGAUGAAAAUCAUGAAGGCAGGCGCAUAAAUCUUACUACCGGGGGUCCCGUUCGAGAGAAAGCUGGUCUCUCAAAACCGUCAAUCACUGCAGGGCCUGGCAGCAAUUCUAAGCACGAGGUGGAGUUGAGCACCUUGACGAUGGCUGUCCCACUGGUCCUUCUGCUGGUGGUAGUGGGCCUUAUCGCUGUUGUUCUUGUCAGGCGAAGGCAGAAGAGCCAAUUCAACAGCUUGCAUAAAGCAAAGGAUGAGGAAUUAUUCAGAGACAAUGGAGAAAAGAUUCCAAUGCCUAAGUUUGAGGAAGACGUUCCGUCUGUCCUGGAAUUAGAGAUGGAGGAUCUGGAUAAGUGGAUUUCCAAAGACUCUGUGGGAAGCGGCCUGGAUUCCAGACACGAAAACUAAAACAGCGUUUCAGCCCCCUGCAGAGUCACCUGCAGCUACCCCGCCUGCUAAGAUACUGACACUGCUGUCCAUCGCAGGCCCCCAUGAGAGUGCAACGGAGACUCCUCAUGCUGCCCCAUUUGGACUGGACAUCACGACCGGCCCGAAUCUUUCUGCCACCACAACAAUGGCCUGAGGACUGCAGAUUACCAUGGAUUACUUUUCUCAUUGGUUGACUGAUACCACAAAGAGCAUCAUGCUAUAGUAAAUGAAAGCAAAUGGAAAGUCUUGUUAAAAGUCCUUAUCAUAAUCACUUUAUGCCCUGUUUUAUUAGUAUAUUCGUGUACACCUCAUAAGAAAACAGUGGACAUAAGUUAAUACAUCUAUUUCCGUUCAUAAAACAUUCAUUCAUAAAACUUAAGUAGAUUCUCAUAAAAGGAUUUUGCCGCGGAAAAGGCGGGGGAUACAUUUUUCCUCUGGUUUUUAUUUUUUUACUCCGGAACCUGCACAGUACCGGGAUGGGAAUGGUCGGACAUGAUGUUUUCUGUGGCACUGGAUAUGUCGUAUUCUUGCAUAGCGUGUUUACAGGGACCUGGCCGUUCUCGGAUGGGCGUGUGACAGUGUGUAUGCGCUUUUCAUUACUUACACUUCUUUUAAAUGUUUUCGCCAUUCAACCUUCAGGAGAAGAAAAUCGUGUACGGGUGGUAACUCCAUGUGCCGCUCUCCUAUUUUCUGUGCCGACAACUUUUAAGUACCAUUCCACGUGCCUCUUUGAUAUAGACAGGAUAAUAAAAAUAUCUUAGUAAUUUAGGAGGAUGGGUAGGGGAAAACAGUGAUUUUUCAAGUGGGUCGCAUAAACAUUAUCAAAUGUAAUUUCCCAUAGAAAUAACGUUCGCCGCUGUUAGCGGGAGGAUUUGCGCAUGUGCGGUGAGAAUUCCAGCCUAAUUCCUCGUUCUUACAGAAGCCUUCAAACAUUGAUCAUGAAUGCAGUGUUCUACCUUCGACAGUAUAUCACCUUAGUCGUGGACGGUGAUACCUGCCACGAAUAAUUUCAUCGGUUACCGGAUUAGGGGGAGAUGAGAGUUUGCAGUGCCAGAAAAGCUCUUAAUGUUUUUUGUCAGUCGCAUAUAUUUAUAAAUGUAUUAAAUUAGGUAUUUUACCUUUUUGCCGCUCUGCCUAAGCUUUUAUCUGUUUUUGCAUUUUGGAAAUUAAACUCUUGAAACAAAAGCUUUA